CUCGUAAUCUUGCUCUAAUGCCGUCUAAUCUCCCGUCAACGACUGCUACCGUGGUUCCUUCGUCUUUCAUCACCCUGCACCUGGUGACCUAUCCCCCACCACGCAUAUACCGGUCUCGUACGCCACUCGAAGGUAUCGCUAGGCAUUGACGGUUGGCCUCCGCUUAACGAUCCUCACCAUGUAUGCGACGCCCGGCGAGCAUCCCUUCGAGGCAACGCAGCGGACAUAUCGCGCUCCCCCUUUGCCGGUCUCGUACACGUCCUAUGGCCAUCGUCGGACCCCUAGGCCGAGGUGAGAGAACGCGUGGUUCAUCGACCAGCAACGUUCCCCGAUCGCUAUGGAUCCACCGCUGGCGAAGGACGCUCCUGCCCUGCGCCGCCGUUCCGCAGCUCUCGUCGCACGGCAUAGAACUGCAACCUCGCGAUCGGACGUGUAUUCAGAACCGCACGUGUCCGCACUGCCGUUCUGCAGUGUGCGUACCGACCAUUUAUGGUCUUUGUCGUAGUAGGAGAUCCCCCGUGAAUGUAUUCUGCGCUUCACGCAGACGAGUGGGUGCUCGUUGCGGCGGGCGCGGACGGCGUACUCAGCCUGCGAGUCGGCGGCGCGGUGGGCGAGCUGGAAAGGACACGCGCGGGGUCUUUGUUGGACGGCGUUCAUGGCGGUCUCCCAACCUCGGAGGCGCUGUCACCGCGCAAUGCUGGUGUUCAUUAAUCAUUUCCGGUGGCGCCGCCGCCUGCGCGUCUGAACGCGCCGACGCGGUCACGCCACAAAGACGCUUCUCACUCGACAAGGCCUGUGGCCGAGAAAGUGGCUGAGCCUAGUGACUACUGGCAACGACUCUCACGACGGUACCGGUGACGACGAGUACUGCUCGGACGUACCGCCGGACGUUAUCCUCUCCAGGCCUGUAAUGCUGCCGUGCCGCGUCGCGCUGCCCCCUGAUGAAUGCGAACGCGGCUUGGUUCCGCCGGCCGCCUUGGAUGCCACGACGCUCGAGUUGCCUUCCGGCGCGCCUGGUUCAUGCCGUUUAGUGCCCUCGGGGACAUCUUCGCAGAUA